CUUACGCUUUCCCUCAAUGGAAACUCACCAACAAAACUAACAAAGUCAACCCUCCCUCCAUUCUCUCUCUCUCUCUAUACAUCUCCUCCUCUUUGACCUCUUCUCAUUGUCUCUACGACUUCACAUCUAGAGAGAGAAACUGACACCCAGCAGUUGAGGAGAGAGAGAGAGAGAUGUAUGGGGUACAUCCACCCAAAAAUUCCGAUGCAGCCGUCGCCGGUGAUACGGCGGAUGUGAUCCGUACGUACCAGGCCUGGGAAGGCAGCAACGUAUUUUUCCUUGGCGGACGGUUUAUAUUCGGGCCGGAUAUACAAUCAAUCUUCCUGUCAAUAUCCCUAAUAGUUGUUCCGGUUGUAAUAUUCUGUGUAUUCGUCGGCAGGAAGUUACUUGAUGAUUUCAACCAUCAUCUCGGAAUAUUGGUUAUGGUCAUAGCAAUUGUAUUAUCAGUUUAUGUUUUAACGAUGCUUCUAGUAACUUCCGGAAGAGACCCAGGAAUCGUUCCCCGCAACAAACGCCCUCCAGAACCAGAAGUUGUUCUGGAUCAAAGCUUAGACGUUGGGCCGGGCCAAACUCCACAGUUACGUCCACCUCGCUUUAAAGAAGUAACAGUCAACGGGUUGACAGUUAAAGUCAAAUACUGUGAUACCUGCAUGUUAUAUAGACCACCACGCUGUUCUCAUUGUUCGAUAUGUGAUAACUGCGUUGAUCGGUUUGAUCAUCAUUGCCCGUGGGUCGGCCAGUGUAUUGGAUUACGAAACUACAGGUUCUAUUUCAUGUUUGUGUCUUCAGCAACUCUGCUUUGUAUCUAUAUCUUCGCCUUUUGUUGGGUGUAUGCGAUAAAGAUAAAGAAUAGCGAGGAUACAUCGAUAUGGGGUGCGUUAAUCAAGACCCCAGCCUCGAUUGUGCUAAUAAUUUAUACGUUCAUAUGUGUAUGGUUUGUUGGCGGUCUUACAGUCUUCCAUCUUUAUCUGAUCAGCACAAACCAGUCUACAUAUGAAAACUUCCGGUACAGAUAUGACCGAACCGAAAAUCCUUAUAACAGAGGGAUCAUUGAGAACUUCAAGGAGGUAUUUUGGCGUAGUAUUCCUCCUUCCAAGAACGAUUUCAGGGCAGUGGUGGAACGAGAAUCAGAAACCCGAGAUGGAUCUUUUGGUGGCGGUUUUGUAAAUUCCUAUGUAGCGAAAACUCCGAGUGAUAUAGAAAUGGGUGAUUGGAAGGCUGCUCUGAAUAAUGGGUCGGGUGGAGUUGAUCAGUAUGAUCAAACGGGCCAUAAUGAUCUGCGGGGUCACCCUAGGCGGUCCAGCUGGGGGCGAAGAAGUGGAAGCUGGGAUUUAACAAGUGAUAUUGCUUCGGUUGCAUCGGCUCUUGGUGACUCGAACCGGAUCGUUGGUGGAAGUAGUGACAACUUGGGGGGUCAAUUGACGGGUCAAGUUAGGCGAUGAGAAGUCAACUUUUAUGGUAAUGUUUUAUCGCUGUGGUGUUUCUGUGCUGAAAAGGUUCAUUGUUGUUUCAGUUGUGUAUAGAAUGGGGUGUAUAAGCAACCCCUUCUCUCUUAUAUAAUGCCUGUGUGAAAUUUUGUUUCUUGAGAUUAUAGAUAUUAGUGUACAUAGUUUUGGUCUUUUUCUUUUAUGUAUUAAUUCUGUUUUGCUUUUCUUGUAUGUUGCUUACAUUAAAGAUAACUUCAUUUGAUUGUUA